AUGGAGACUCGUUCUAAAAGUAAACGUAUAGGGCCGCUGCCCGGGGGCGAUCGCCGGGGCACACCUGGAGCUGACGCUGGGUGUCACAGCAUGCGAACCGUCAGCGGUGAGGAGUUGAACAGGCGGGCUCCCACCGACAAAGAUACUACAGCCGACAACAGUGACGAUGGUGACAGACCUACAGACCACACAACAACUGACACUAACACAGAACUACCAACAACACAACAACUUGAGAAUUUCUGGUCUAGCAUUUGGGAAGAACAAAUACAACACAAUGAUAAUGCCAGGUGGAUAGCAGAUGAAGAAACCAAAUGGAGUGCCAUAGAGGAAAUGGCAUUUGAAGAAAUUUCUGAAUCUGAUAUUACACUGAACCCUUUAUCUACUCUACUCCACAACUGCCACGCCGGAUAUAAUCUUAAACACACCACAACAGAUGAAACCACUAUUUCUCAUCUCAUAUACAUGGAUGAUAUAAAAUUAUACACCAAAACAGAAAAAGAAAUGAGAAAACUAAUAGACACUACAACAGAAUUUAGUACAGAUAUCAACAUGCAAUUUGGUUUCGACAAAUGCAAGACACUCCACAUAAUUAGAGGCAAAGUUAAACCUGGAGACUACACAAUCAACACAACAGACACAACCAACACAACAGAAACAAUUAACACAACAGACACAACCGAUACAACAGACAGAACUAACACAACAGACACCAUCACGGCCAUGGAACCUACAGAUUUAUACAAAUAUUUAGGAUACAAGCAGCUUAAAGGACUGGACCAUACAGCUAUAAAACACACAUUGACCACAGAAUAUAAACGGAGAGUCACUGCAGUAUGUAAAACACAACUUACUGGAAAGCACCUUAUCAAAGCACUUAACACCUAUGCGAUCCCCAUACUCACCUACUCAUUUGGAGUUAUCAAAUGGUCCAAAACAGACAUACUGCAAUUAGAACGAACAACACGCACCACACUUACCAAACACAACAACCUACACCCUAAAUCUGCAAUAGAAAGACUCACCAUCAAACGCCAAAAUGGAGGGAGAGGCCUUAUAGACAUUCACCAUCUUUGGCAAAAACAAAUCAGUAGGCUCAAAGCAUUCUUCAUCACCAAAUCUAACACUAGCGAUAUUCAUAAAGCAGUAUCUCUAAACGACCACAACUACACACCACUCAACCUACACGAACAAACUGACACACAACAUAACAACACUACUGACCCACAAACACAAAAAAUAGAGGACUGGAAGAAGAAAGUUCUGCACGGAAGGCACCCACACGACCUGGAACAACCACACAUUGACACAAUAGCCUCAAAUAAAUUUCUCAAAAUCGGCAGCCUAUUCCCAGAAACCGAAGGCUUUAUCAUUGCGAUACAAGACCAAAUCAUCAACACCAAAAACUACAGGAAAUACAUUAUAAAAGACCCUACAGCAACCAACGACAAAUGCCGCAAAUGCCACACACAACCAGAAACCAUACAACACAUCACAGGGGCAUGCACAACACUCACACAGACAGACUACACUCACAGACACAACCAGGUCGCAAACAUUAUUCACCAAAAACUAGCACUCAAACACAAACUCAUACAAGACACAAACACACCAUACUACAAAUAUACACCACAAACCAUUCUGGAAAACACCACACACAAACUCUACUACGACCGCGCUAUUCUCACCGACAGGACAAUACACUACAACCGACCAGACAUAACACUUCAGGACAAAAUCAACAAAAUCACUUACCUCAUAGACAUAGCAGUACCUAACACACAUAAUUUGCAAAAAACAAUAGGCGAGAAAAUAAGUAAAUAUGCAGACCUUAAAGACGAAGUCACCAGAAUUUGGCGACAAGACAAAGUGUAUGUAAUACCUAUAGUCCUCUCCACCACGGGUGUCAUACCGAAUCACCUUCACCAUAGCCUCAAAUUAAUUGAUCUGAAAGACUCCACCUACAUUCUUCUCCAGAAAGCCGCAAUUCUCAACACCUGUCGUAUCGUCAGAAAGUUCAUGCAGUUGGAUGAACAUGGCAUAACACCUACACACACACAGUAA